CCACCACCACCACCACCACCACCAGUCUCUCUGAUGCCCCACUAUGAUCAAGGUCUUCGGACGGCCGUAUGAAAUAUCGAGCCUCGACACUUUGUUGCGACUCGACGAGUUUAUACAAACCUGGGGGGAGUCUGUGUCCUACCACAGUGCCUCUGACUUUGGCUAGCUCACCUUUGAGGACUCUUGAGGCCACGGCCAGCAUCAAUUUCAAAGCCAAUGUGCCCAAGUAUCUGAUACCAGUCCUCGCUUCUCGUAAGCUACCGAGUAUUAUCAUGUCACCCAAGCCCAUUGUUUCAAACCUCGUUUAGGCAAUGACAGCCCACAUGGUCAGUGGAUUCGGCUUGAUAUUGUCUGGACCUUCCCUUGGACGGCUUGACAAGGCCCUGCCCUGCAAUUGGCUGAGGUCUGUGAGGCCCAACCAUCAAAACGCAUACCCUUCAUAGCAAUCCUACAUUCAGCCUCUCUCGCGAUCCAGCCGACCGCACCUAUUUGACGGCUGUGUUCAGAUCGGGCCUUAUCUCCUCUAGGGAGACGCCGUGUUGCCGAUUCACUUUCUCUUUCAAUACUGUCGGUUCUCAUCUUGGACAUAGUCACACCACUUCUGACUCCCACCCUUUCUUUUCCGAACUUUCCUCACCACUGGUCACAACAUCAUGGUUGCGGGGAAUGGAACCUCUACCAAGGAUGACGUUUCUCAUAUUGAUCAUGUCAGACGUCUGCUUUGUUCCGAUGGUGUCCCUCCAAAGGAGGAUGUCUGUUGUACUAAGCGGACGGCUUCGUCCCUCCUUCCAUUCCAUACGAGUCUCUGGUGAUCAGAAGCAGUUAGCUCCCAAAAGAGGAGAGACUGUUAAUCAAUCAGUCCCAUUUACAAAGCACGCUUCUUCACGUCCAAUCUUGGUUGUUACUGUGGAAAAAGAUCUACCUCUCUCCCCGUGAGGCAAGUUCAAGGCGUACUCGCUUCCAUGGCCCCCAAUUCGUGGGAAUUUUCAGAUACAGCACCGUUCAAAGCCCCUUCUCCAGGGGACUGUCAACAAUGUCUUCUAUCUCAAUGCCAUUCUUGCUCACCGUCCCGCUAGAAAUCCGGCGACAAGUCUACAGGCAGAUGCUCUAUCUAUCCUUGCAUGAUCACCAGAAUCUCCUGCUUGUUUGCCACCAGAUCUAUGAAGAGGCCAAAGAAUCUUUUUUUGAGAGACCGCUGAUUGUCCAGUCUCAGGAAGAAUUGAUACGAUUUGUCCAGUCCCACACUGAUGUCUUUUUGAGCCAAAUGACCAAUCUAUACCUUCGCCUUCAGGAGGUCAACCGCGAAAUUAUGUACCCAUAUCUCGCAAGAGCGAUACAGGGCAUUUCCACACCAUCAGACGAGCAUCCUUACGUCGUUGAGACCAAUCGGAUCCUUGCCGCGCUUUUCAGAUUACCAAACGUCUGCCGGCUUCGGGUAGCCGGUCCGCAGGAUUCUACCAUGUCUCUUCCCUCUGGUUUGCUUACGACAAGUGUGCUAAGGUGAGCAGGGAAUCACUUCGUUAAGCUUGAACAACUCGCACUAGAUCUCAGAUCAUUUCAGCUCGACAGUCUAAGUGGUGGUGCGAAUUUGAGGAUCCUUGAGAUACAAGGGCUAUCAGAAUCAGGUACAGCGGAUCUUUUGAACUGGUGUGCUCAAUCGAGGUGUCUUGAGAGUGUGACUAUUCAUGGAUCCCAACAAGGUCUUCACCUGCGACCUCCCCAUGGCUCUCACAACAAGGUCAAGCGGCCAUCAAGUCAUCAAGCCCUGGCACUGUUUCCUCCAUUGAAGAGCUUGAGCGUGCGCGAAUGUCUAGGCCCGCAUAAUCCCGAGGCACUGUUGACAACAAAAAUUCUCAAGAGUCUGCAUAGCUAUCUCGGCGAAAGUCUAAAACUGUUACAGCUGUCAUACAACCACACUCCUCCACCCCCGAUGUUAAGUGCUAUCACAGCAUUUCUCGGGAGCACACGAAAUCUCCACACCCUGCGCCUCAUGUGGCCUGGCAUUCAAGUUGCAUUCCUCGACUGCAUCCCACACUCAGUCACACAUCUCGAACUCGGGGUUACGUCCACUGAUGACAGCUUGAACAUCGUCGACAAACUUAACGCGAUGCAAAGUAGCGUACCGCACACCAGACAGGUCACACUUGAACUCAUCCAUCAAAGGAGUAGUGUCGGUGGCGAGCAGAGCAAGGACAACGAUGAGGGAGAAGUCUCAAAGGUGAUGGUCAUUUCAAAUCGCCAAAGUUUGGAUCUGUGAAUCUGUUCCUCGGAACGCUUUGAUGGUCAUUGUGGUCUUGGAGGCAUCAAACUUGAGCAUGCUCAAAUAUGAUUGCCAUAGUCUUCUUAGAACAUGGUCGCUUCAGUCUUCAAAUUGUAGCCUGCGCUGUGUCUACUAUUACAGAGGUUGAUGUUGUGUAAUAUAGUACAAGAGGGUAUCCCUGUUGAUGUGACAUGUGGAGGAUUGAGCAGGGCGAAUUCGGCGUGCUCAUC